AUGAUGCCCUUGGUUGUGCGCCCUUGCUCUGUACCGCUAAAUCAGAUCAAAAGUGACCUGAAUAAUGGCGCAGGUGCGACCUCCAGCGCCGGGGCGCAGUACAUCGGCCACGGGUUUGAAAGCAAGCUCAGUCAACAAUUAGCUCAACCUCAUCAGACCGACCUAGAACACCAACUUGAACCGUCGCGCUCUCCCAAGUCGCGCUCCUUAUCUGAUGCGUCCAGACCUACAUCUUCCACCCAACCAUCCACUGGUGAUCUCAGUCGAGCACCAAGCAAAGACGAUAAUGCAAUACCCGCUCUUCCUGCAACACCUCGAAGAUCAAGUGCAUCUCAUUCGAACCUCUCAAUAAACUUGCCUUCCAAACCCGCCGGGUCGCCAUCACUUACGAACUGCGCCCCUCUCUCCCCUAAACUUGACCCAUCACAUAUCUACGGAUCUCCGGGAUCUGUUCUCCCUCGACGAUCUCGGGGCCUCGACUUCUCACGCGCAUGUACGAACCUACACCAUUCCACCCUAGCCGAGUCGUCCCCGGAUUCAUCGCCCACCGUUGGAGGGCGGGGCAUGGCAAUACCCCAGCGACGCGGAUCCCUUGGAGCGACGUCCGUUCCACCUUUUUCAACGUCGGGUCCAGCGGACCGUACAACAAUCUCAAGCUCCAUGUCGAGUGUGAAUAUGAUGGAGUCGGACACAAGUAGCAGCGAGGAGGAAGAUGAAUCUAUGGCUGAUCGCGACGAUGUUAUGAUCAAUACGCCGCAGGCGACCCGCAUCAGUGCGCCGAGUCCGUUUGCUAGCAAUAUGCAAAGCCCGGGUAACGAGUGGAUGGGAGGAUAUUCACAAGCUGCCGCCAGCUUGAUGAGUUUCCAACGCGCGCGCUUUCGCAAAGGCCGCAGUCGCCACAGCUCCAGCAGUGCAAGUGGAAACAGCACAAAGCCUAGUCCUACUCCUCACUCUCCGCCCAUCAUGAAGAGUGUCGAGCACUCCGGUGGUUAUUUUGCCCCGCGACAGACUGCGCAUUCACGCAGAGAGAGCCUCAGCUUUGGCACACGCGACCUUCGUUUGUCCGAUAUGAGCGACGAUAGUGAGAGUCGCGCGACGCGAAGUGGAAGCCCAAUUCCCACUCCACAUCCCGAAGGUGGCGGUCCACUGGGAGUAAUCCGUCGCGCGGUGACCCGACGUGGGAGCUUACUUCCUAAGACUAAGACAUUUGCGCGCAUUCGCGCUGCUCUGAUGGAGGAGGGUGCUCCAGUUGAUAGCGAUAUGAAACGAGAAGCAGAAGUGGUCCGGCAGGUCCGCGACACCGAACCUGAAUCAACACCUGCACUCGGCGAGUUCCCGUCAUUGCAGCCCUCGACCUCGUUGGAUUCGACAGUGACAGAAGAUCCCGCGGCCAAAGCGGGAAUGGAUACAGCAUCUUCGGAUACCUUUGGCAAGCAAGCCAGUCGCAACUCGGGCGGCGCCGAGUUUUGGAACUCGUUUGAUGGACGAUACAGAACCCCGCCCCGGCUCGCCAGGAGCAGCGUUCCCGCUCUUCCACCCCCCCAUGCCCCGGGUAUGCCAAAUAUUGGAGAGAUCUGUCGCAAGCGGCGUCGUGACGAUGACUUCGAUCCUAAUCUUUUCAAGCGCCGGGCUGUCUCGCCCAGUGUGAGUGUCCAGAGCAGUCCAGUCAUGACUCACUCCAACAAUGUCAGUGAUAUGGGCCCCAACAUCUGGGGCCCGCCGCCAAAGCCGGGCCUCGGUGCACCGUUCUCCGAACGACUCAGUUCCGAAUCAGGCAAUCGAACGACCUCUCAUGCUGGAGGUGUGAAACGCGUCGGCCUGCAAGGGAUGACCGAAGCCAGCGAUGGCUUUAUGAAUAUGAGCAUUGAUUGA